AUGGAGAAUGAUCAGGAUUCGGUAAAUGGAACAGUGGAAAUAGGCAUAGGAUUAAGAUGCUCACAAAUCGCUAUUUCCAAGGAUCAAAUGCCAAAAGAAUUGGUGAAACAUUUUAAGAAUCCUUUAUCGGGUAAAUAA